UACAGAAGUAGUGUUGAUGGCGGCCCAACAGAUGGCGCCACGUGUCGUCCACACUUGCCCCGUCUCCUUCACCGCCUCACUUACAUAUUACAACCUCUUGAGAAAAUUACAGCGCUCAGAAGCGCUUAGUAUUCCUCAAUUGUAUUAAUUGUAAAUGAGUUGUAGAGGUCAUUGGGAGGAGUUGUAAAGAGGUAGAAGAUGAGGGUUGAGGCGACAUGUGGCAGCGUGGCAGGAUAUACUCAGUAGAGCCUUUUGAAGAUGAAUAUAGGGAAAGGCAGCCUUUAAGAACCAAUGGUCUGGAAGCCACCAGUCCUCAUCGGAACAAGCAAGAAGAGCUAGAGAACGGCUCACAUGCACCAAUUAGCCACCGGAAGAAUAACGGCAGUAUCAUGGAUUCUGACCAGAGAGGCUCUAAUGGGCAGCAAGUGGAAAUGUUGCGUCAAGAGAAUGAGGAGGUAAAACAGAGACUCGCCAAUCUCCAGCAUGAGUUUUCUUUGCUCGAGGAGCAAGUUCAGGUGCUGGUGGCAGAGCGGCGGAUGGCGGAGGAGCAACAAAAAGCAGAAAUUGAGGCUCAGGAAGAGGCAUACAUUAGCAAGCUGCAACAGUACCAGGCAACUAUUGCUGCACUUGACCAGUGCAACACAACUCUAGCAGAGGACCCGCCACUUCCCCACACCAAGGUUGAAGAGUGCCACCCCAAGAAGGAGGCCUAUAUUAGUAAUGACUCUGUUGUGCAGAUGUUGGCUGAGCGGUGUCACACCUUGGAGCAAGCCAACAAGAAGCUUCAGAAUGAAGCUCGUGCACAGCAGCGCCAGUAUGAAGUUUGUCUCGAUCGUGUUGCCACUCAAGUCGUCCAGGCACUCCUUUCCCAGAAGAGUCAUCAGGAGCAGUGUAUCAAGUUAGCUCACCAGGUACAAGAUUUAAGACGACAGAAUGCUGCACUGUCUACCCUGGUGGGACCUGCUGGGACGCGACAGACUCUGCCUUGCUCUCAUCGUCAUCGCUGCCCACCGCCACCACCAACAAAUCCUACUAACUUCUUGAGUUUACCAACAUCACUCACAAGAAAUAGACAGGAGAAUGAGGUGUGGCCAUCAGAGGGAUGGGUUGCUUCAUGGCAUGUAGAAGAGAGCAGCAGAAGUCACCUGGGUGACCACACUUCCUCCCAGGGUCACUUUCACUCCAGCCUCCACAUGUUAUCAGACACCAGUAUUCCAACCACACUCUCACUAACAGAUCACAAUACCACCACGUCUAGUAGUGUUCGAUUAGGAGAAGAUUGCUAUACCCCUCAGGAAAGAUUAGCAUCUACAACAACGACAAUCACUACCACAAAUUCCUCCACAACUACUUGUUGGUAUGAUAUAAUCACCUCUCUUAGUGCUACCACCUCUCCUCAGGGCACAGCAGUUGUAAAUACCCAAGAUUCAGCAGUAACUCCAAGAAUAUGUGAUGGAUCCAAUAUUUGGAGUCAGCCAGACCAAGUAAUGUCUGAAGUAGGGAGAGCAAGUACUAGUAGUAGCAGCAUCUCAGAAUCUCCAGUUCAAUCCUCUUAUGAUUCACAUGCCAUUAUUUUUUCAAGAGAGACCGGAGUUAGUUAUGCUUCUAAUGGGUGCGAGAGAUCGUGUGAAACACGGAUGUGUGCGACUCCCCUUCCCGACAGCGACUCUCCUUCCAGCAAGUUUUCACCUCUGUCUGUUGAAUCUGUAAGUACCAGCUUCACUAACUCUCCUGACCAGAAAAACUGCAAAAUAUUUCAUGCCAAACUUGAUAACCUUGCCUUUGAUAAAGCAAAGAUAAAAGUUGUCCAUGAUGAAGAGUUGUUAAGUAAAUCUCCAUGUGAGAAAAAUGCAAAUAUAGUAGUGAAUAGUGUUAAUACAGAUACAAUUUGUAGUAUACUUCAAGUAAAAGAAAAAUUGAUGAAAUCCUUAACAGAAACUGAGAAUAGUGACUUCACCCUUGAUUUAUCAGUAUUAUCAUGUGAGGAUAAGAACAAAGUAGUAUUGAACAAGAAUCUUGUCAAAGUUAGUUUAAAGAAUUGUGGUAAUGAGACGAGCGUAGGUGAGGAAAUUAUGGAAGGAACAACUAAGGAUGAGGGUUACUCCACAAUGUCCAGUGAUGUGCAAGCAGAUGUCAAGGAUUGUAUUACCACUUGUUCUGUUACCACUGUUCAAGAGGAACCUCUUGCACCCACUCCAGUUGAAUGUACAGAUCAAGACUUAACAAAUACUAUGAAAGAGAGUCUUUCCAGAAAAGGGUCCAAUAAAAGCGAUACUAAUUCCUUAGAACGAAACGUGGUUAAAGAAAGAAAAAUUUCCUCGGCUGCUAAUGCCGAGUAUUGUGAUGGGCUUCGCAUUAUAUACGAUGAAGAAGACAACAAUUCAGAUGUGUUUUUUAUACCCAUUCAAGAGCCAGAAAAUGAAAGCUUAUAUAGACAUAGUUAUCACGUGACUUCUUGUGUACGGAGAGAUAGACCAGUUCGUUGUUAUUCCGAUUCUCAGUUAUAUUUAGAAAGAAGAAGUGCUCAUAAUCCCAAACCAUUGACUAGCUUAGAAAGACAUGUUUCUGAAAAAGAUCUCUCAGAUAGGUCUCCAUCAACAGAGGUGGUUUUAGAAGAAGCUAAUAAAAGUAGGAGUUUAAAGCGAUCAUCAGGGCAUGCCAGUCUCAAAAGAAGUCAGAUGUAUGCAAAAGAAGAGCACACUACUUCAGGUAGUAGUGAAGAAUUGUGGCCUUUAGAAGAUAACCAGAGAAAGUACCUCUCUCCUACCUACAGUCAUGCGGAGCUAGAGGACUGGUCACUUGACUUAUCUUCGGAGUACCUGAGUGGGGCAUGUGGGGAGGGUGAGGGAAGUGAGAGUGUGGGAACUAGUGGUGCUCAUCAUGGCUCGCUGCCGUCCAUUCAGGAGGCUACCCCAGAAUUAGAGGAAGACAAUAAUGAGUUCCUCUGGAAUGGUGCUACCUAUUUUAAAGCAGAUUUAGAUUUAAAUUGGUCAAGCAAAAAAGAGCUAACCAAAAGUUGGCAGCUAGAUCAUUCUAAAGAAAGUCAUGUUGUUUUGUCUCCCAGAUCGGGAUGUUCCGAUCAACCGGCCGUUUGGUCAAGUAGUGAGCAACUGUCGUGCUGCUCUGAAGGGAUUUCUAAGUGCAGUUCAGACUUUGAAAACUUUUGUGAACAGAUUUGUAAUCUGCCCGAGUUAAAGAGAGUAUCGUUUUGUAGUAGUGAGGCAGGUGGUCAAGAAGCAUCGAAGGCAGCCAGUCAGGAAACCUCCAGUGUGGGGGAACAUGAGGAGGAGCUUGCUGAUGAUGUGUGUGUUGAUACUGUUUUUACUAGAGAUUUCUACCGCCUUGUUAAGUUUGAAAGUAAUAAGAGUUUAGCAGCAUCGUCGAAGAGCUUAGCUACAUCAGAUGGAUUAUUAACUAUUGAAAAGUUGCAAGACUUAGAGUCAGGAGGAACACACAAAGAAGCUUUAGCCUCAGUUCUUGGCUUCAUUGCUGAACAGCACAAGUACUGUAAAGAAAGAGAAGCACAAGAUGAAAAAGUUAAAAGUCAUUCUAGAGAUUUACUAAAAAUAGCGAACACAAUUGAAAACUCUGGAUCUCCAUUAGCUUCAGUUCUACUUCGGGGAACAUUUCCUAAAAUAUCACCGAGAGAAAGUUCUACUGAUAUAUGCAGUACUGCAGAUGAAUUUUCAAUGCGAACGUUGCCAUCGCAGCAAUGGAAACCCACUAGUCGAGGUUCGCUCAAGGCCAAGGUUCCCCCUCCUGUCCCUGCAAAACCAAAAUCGUGUCUUCAACAAGACCCACAAAUAGGUGCUACCAGCAGUAACUGUAUUCCUGCCAGAUGUCCCUCUACUGCUACAACCUCUUCCCUCCCAGUUGUGCCACCGUCUACCCUUCCAGUCUUGCCGGCCAUUUCUCCACCGGUACCUUCUGUGCCUUCUCGGUCAUCUAGUUUGGCCCCUCAGGUUAUACCUGCUUGUGAAGUGGACGUACCACUCACUCAUGUUCCCAAGGUGCCCAUCAGGAGUGCCUUGCACCUUCCUGGUACAAAUUCCAUCACCGAGAAAGUAAUAUAUAGUACACCGGCAGAUGGACCUUGUCAACACACUCCAGUGCCUGACCAAAAUGUUAGCAAUGUACCUACACUGCCAGUGGUUGGUGGUCCUCCUGUGCCCCACCGUUCAACUAGCAUGUCAUUUACUUGUAAUGUGUUACCAGUUCCAGAGCACAAGGUGUGUCUAACAGAUUCUCCACCUGUACCCAAGCGCGUAACAAGUCGUGCCCUACCUAAGCCUCCGUCAGCUCAUGCAAAUCAAUUGCUAUUAAAACAGAUCUCAAAUGGCUGCAGUAAACCUCUUGGAGGCAGCUUGGAAGGUAAACGUCGUAGUUUCAUUAAAGAAACGCUGGGCUUGUCUAGUACCAAGAGACCACAAAGUGAUUACUGUGAAUUGCCCAGCUUAAGUGAAAAUCCUGCUGGGAUGUUAGAGGAGCUACAGAGGAUGGCAAAGGUAGAGGAAGAGGAAGAGAAGAGGAGAAGAUUAAGACCUGGAGGCAAUGCCGGGCUAGAAGCCACUAGUCCGGGCGACACAGUUGGGCUGGGCACUGGCUGGGUCAGGGUCCAGCCGCACGUAGAUCUUCAGGACCCACAGGCUCGAGCUAAUCUGUUGGAUGGGAUGAUGGAGUCGAGUGAGGGUUGCAGCUCGGAAACAGAGGAGGAUGAGGUAGUUGGUCAUCAUUACUCUCAGCUUAGGUCCAUGCAUCGAAGUAGACGAAAACGUAAAGCAUCACAACGUAGUGGUGGUGGUGGCCGAAUAAUUAUCGGAAGUGGAGCCCCUCGUCCCACUGUCAUUGGUCGAAAAGACUUGUUCGUAAGAUAUGGAGAGCAAGAGAAGGCAGCUCUGCAAGAAUUUGAAUUCCUUGGUGAUUUUUCCACCUCUCAUUCAGACUUGGGCUCCCAGGACCUAGGUGCUGCUUCUGGCAGAGCAAAUAAGAUGAUAAUUGACAGUGAAAGCAACUUGCCGCCACACACGAAUAUCUCGUCAUUGCUUGACACGAGUAGGAGUGCUGGUGCUGUUUUACCUAAAGUAGAAAGUAAUUUAUUUAGAAAAAACAUAAGUACCUUUGAAGAGAAAAGGAGAACUGUGAAAAGUGAUAUUAGUGGAUGCAAUCACAGUGGCUGGAGUGAUGCCAGUGAACAAGAGGGUGUGGAUACUCGGAGUAUUGGUAGUGUCAAGAAUGCUAUACUGCAGCUCAAUAAAGUGAAUCGUAUCUCAGGAAUCAAACAACCUGCCACUAUGCCUACCAUCCCAGCUAGAAGUGCUUCCAAUACAAGCAGUACCAGAGCCAAUUAUCGUAAGUCCAGUUCCCCAGUCAGUACAAACAAACCUCGGGCAUGGACCCCUUCUAAAAUUAGAGUGAGUGACAUCAGUGGAGCUUCAAAGUUUAGUGUUAGACAAGAGAACUCACCAUCCAGUAGAACGCCGUCUCCUCAGCUUAAUAUAAUUGACAAUAAAAGUAUUGCUAAUAAAUCUCCCAGUGGCUUGCACAGUUGUGUUGAGAGACCAGGCAGCAGUAACACAAAAGCAGGCUCCUCAACGCGUAUCCCACGUAUCCAAACAUCUCUUAUGUCUUCCAAAAAAUCAUCAACCGAGUCUCCUAAAUCACAGAAAGGAGAUGCUUCCCCUAAAGAUUCUUGCUAUGAAUCCAUGAAAACAUUUAACCCUCAGUGUGAAAACUCAUUACCACCUAAAGGCUUCUCAAGUCGAGUAGUCAAGCCUCCUCCUCGUACACGCCCAUCACUUCAGCAGCGACAGCAACAAAAUCUUCAACAGCAGCCUAACAAAAGUGGCAUUAAGAGUCCUAGAUUAGCCAGAUUAAAGAAAGCAGCAGACCCAUUGGAUUCAUUUACUGGCAAGUCUUUGUGUGACAGUGGGUCAAGUGAAGGCUCCGAGCGUUGUGGAGGAAGACUUUCUCUCAGUGACUCCUGUGCUGAAAACUUCUCGCCAAUUGAUAGUGGUGACGAAGUUUUUUAUAAAGAGUGCUAGCUAGAUUAAUAGCUUAUGAUGAAGACUUGAGUAUGUGAUGCCAAUGUUCUCUGCCAGAUAUGGUGCUUCAUGGGAUGUUUUAAGGAAGCUCAGAUUUUAUUAUUAUUAUGUUUGCACUGUGCAUGUUGGCUAUUUUAAAAUUGUGUUACUUUAAGUAUGGGGCUAUUUAUUUCUUUAAUUUAUUUUUAUUGUAUUCAAACGUCCAUGGAUAAGCACAUUCCGGAUUCCUUUGUGACCAUGACAAUAUUUCCAUGUACGGUAACAUGCAUUAACAUUUAAAGCAUAUAAAUGUUGUGUUUAUAUGUAACAAUUGAAGCUGUUGUCUUCCACUGUCUUCUCAUACUAAUAUGCUUAAACUUCCCUGGGCUCAAAGUGGAAGAUUUGCUGAAAGCAACGAAGAUAGAUAAAAGUGGCUUCUCUGAUUAUAUUUUAAAUAAGAUAUAAUAGUAUGUGAGAGAAAUAGGCGAGAUGAUGUUAAAAGUGUUUACACUUGUGUAUCUCAAGAGCUAGAGCAUUUGCUAGUCACUAUGGAGUAGGGCACCUGUAUAGGGUUUAGGAAGAUGCACAUCUGUGUCUUACAUGGAUGCAUUUAUGCAAUAAUUGACUUAAGUGUUAAAUGCAUUAAAAUACCUUAUUUGAUCAUUUAAUCCUCUGAUGAUAAAUGUAAACUACUGCAUGGGAUAUAGGACUGUGUUCUCUUAAGUGACCUCAACUUUUGAACUGCUCUUAGGUUGAGGAAGACACUGGUGCAAUCCUUUCCGACGUUACAUAUGCAAAGUGUAACUUCUUAUUUUUAAUACACAAAAUUUUUUUUGGACAAAAAUUGAUUGAGUAAAGAUAAAUAUAGUGUAUUGAUAUUGUAAGAAGUGUGUGUUGUAUGUGACAAGAAGACCCCCAUGUUCUGGAGUGAUAGUUAUGCUGUAUGUUUAUAAAGAAGGUUUGAAGCAUUACUCCAAAGUGACAAGGUGAAAGUUGGAGUCGAGGCCCAAGUGUGUUCUACCUCUUAUUAUUAUUAUGUUCAGCGAUGCAUCGGCUGCAGUCAAAUGCAAUAUGGUUAUGUUUAAGGGUAGUUUGCAUAAUUUGAAAGUUUUAAUUAUUUCCUCUUCAGUUUACAAAAUGAAUGCCAAACUAUCAUAGUGCAGUGUCCCUGAACACAUAAAAAUUGGCAAUAUAGUAGGCAAAUUUUCCAUAUCUAUGUAAUUUUGGA